AUGGUAGAGGUGGACUUUCAGUGGUCGUCGGCGGGUAGCGGUCGACCACGGGGCGCUGGGCCACGUGUGUUGGCGAUCAGCGGCGUGCGGAAAUGUUGUUUGAUGGCGGGCUUAAGUAAUUCGAUCUGGCCUCGAAUUACAGCCGGUCCUCGUCAAGCAGUUGCUUUGCACGUCGUCGGCGAUGGUGGUUUAGACUGUUGGUGUUUGAACUGCCGGUCGAGCUGGUCAGUGGCGAACGGCAAUGCGGCGGUAACGGUGGGCUUGGGUAAUUCGAUUCGGAAGCGAAUUACGGCUGGCUCACGAUUGGCUGCUCGUCGUCGUCUGGUGGAGGGUUUCGUCGGGUGGUCAGCUCUUCGUUUCUUCAAAGUGUUGUGGUUACUGGAUAGAAGGUUGAAUGAUGACUGA